CCUCUUUCCUGUUUCCGCUCGGAACCCCGGAGGCGUCCAGGGCCGCGGUAUCGCGGGGGCCGGAGGAGGGAGGCUGGGGCGCGGCACCGCUGCUGGCGUGUCGCCUCCCGCUCACGGCCCGUGUGUUCUUUCUGUAGGGACCUCGGCGCCGCCCUUGCGCCGCUCGGCAGGCCCGCAGCGCGCCCUGGGCCCAGAAGAACAGAAAAGAUGUUCGAUAUUAAGGCUUGGGCUGAGUACAUCGUGGAGUGGGCUGCAAAGGACCCCUAUGGCUUUCUUACCACGGUGAUCUUGGCCCUUACGCCGUUGUUCGUGAUCAGUGCAGCACUUUCAUGGAAGCUUGCAAAAAUGAUUGAGGCCAGGGAGCGAGAGCAAAAGAAGAAACAGAAACGCCAAGAGAACAUUGCAAAAGCCAAACGAACAAAGAAGGAUUAAAUGGGCAAAAAUGACCUGCCGUGCGCAAAGAAUCCACUUUUUAAAUGAAACACUUGUAUGUUUUGUGUUGUAACUGUCCUUUGAUACCUGAUCCUGUUAUUUCUUGAAGUAUGAAAUGUAAUACUUUGAGUGUAUUUUUUUUCCUGAUGAUUUGUGUUCAAAUUUGCCCAAGUGACACUUAUUAAAUCUACUACUUGUGGUUUCUAGCGCAGGUUGCUUUUCUAAAUUUGCAUGUUAUGUUAAAAAAUUACCCUGUUGCGUAACUCUGGAGGUAAUUUGUUUUUCCCCUUAGCUGAGCUAUGACUUAACAAGUGUCUUAAAGUUGUCACAUCUAGGGGAAAAUGUGAAUAAUAAACUGGAUUACAGAAAUGCAUGUUUUGGCAUACCUUCAGCAGAGCCGUAGAGAUAACUGUAGCUUAAUUAGAUAGCAGAGAUGACUGAUUUCCUUUAAGGACACUGUAUAUGGCUGCGUGUGCCUGUAAUGGCUGCUGCAGUGUCUUUGAUGAUGGGGCUUCCCUGCAAAAUUAACCUACCUUAGCUCUUCCUGUUUCCUGAACUACCAGCCAUGAACAGCCUUUAAAUUCAGCCCAAACUCUGGGAAACUGAUUACUUGUUCUUGUUAGCUUCAUUUGUCUUAAGGCACUCAUCAUGUUCUACAAAAUUCAGUACUAUGUUGUUUGGUCUUUCCUAACAAUCACCUGUAACUAAUUUGUUUCUGCCUUCAUAAAUUCUUCAUGCCUCAAAGAAUAGCCAUAAACAGGGUGAGACCAAAGACCCAGUGUUCUGGCCUAGUGUUCUGUGUCCUAGUGACCUGUAGCACAUGGCUGUGGGAGGACAGUGCACAUGCUGGUGACAGUAGUUCUUCCUACUUUCUGACCUGGCUACCUUUGAUCUAGGACCUUUGAGUUUAGGUGGAAUUCUUGUUCUCAUAGCCCUUGAAACUCUGCUGCCUUACAGGUUGCAAAAUGCUGGUAUACUGGAAGAAAAAAAAAAAA